AAUACUAUCGCGUGCGAGAGGAGCGAUUGAACUUUUGACUUGUUUAUCUCCGCGCUUGUCGCUCCGCGCACUGCAAAUAAAAUGUUACGGCGUACGCGAGCAGCGCGCGGCCGGGGUCGCGCCAACCGUAUGCUGCCUGAUCGCACGUCCCGAACUUAGGGUUUUCCCAACCUUUCCGUUUUCAGUUUGUUUUCAAUUCGGACAUGUGCUCGGCGACGCUGCUCCGCGGACAAUGGCAAUAGUCGGUAGGACCUCGCACGAGAGGAUGCUGCGCGUCGAGUUACUAUAUUAAUAAUAUAAAUUGACACAAGUAUGUACAUCGCAGGAGACCAGUUGAGGGAUGAUGCGCGGAGCGUAGAUACAAAAAGUUCGCUUGAUUCUGCAAUUGAAAAAUACAAAAGUAUUAUAAUAAAAUCGUCUUCGCCGCUUUAUAAUAGAUUUAAUCACAAUUGGCGUAUAGAACCUGAAAUGAGACAUUACUGGGCCGCAUCUUUCUUGCUGCCAGUCGGAUCGAUUUUUAUUCUGGCAGUGGUUGUUUUGUUAAUGAUAUUAUUCAAACGAUGCCCUCAUACAGUAGCCGCGAUUGUUACUGCAAUGCUCACUCUCAUUAUCAUAUUGACAACUAUGUUAGCGCUUAAUCACGAUCCAGUUUAUACUUAAUCAUUUAUACAAAUUAAUUAUAUAUAUAUUAUAUUGAUAUAUAUAUCGUGCUACAGAAAUCUCUUCCAUAUAUACAUUUAUAUAUAUUAUUGAUAUUAUAUAUAUUGUAUUUUAUAAAUCUUUCUCUUCCAUAUGUACAUUGUGUGUGUAAACUGAGAGUUUAUAAUUUAUAAUACGACAGUUGUAACAAGAAUUUUUAUGAUAAUUAUACAUAUUGAAUAAA